CUCGACUUCAAUGAAACCAGCACAGACAAUUGAAUGCAUUUUGAAAUACACCAAAUGUUAUGGAGGAAUAUAAGGUAGUACAGAGGAGUGAUGACUGUAUUCAGAGAGAGGGGAAGAAGGAUGUUGAGGAGGAACUGGAGUACCAGCCCAAAAUGGAGGCCAACAUAAGGACUUGUAGCUCCAAGAAGUCAGGGGAGCAGGCCGUGGACAAUGAUGCAGGAUCCACACAUAAACCUCUGGACAGAGAAACUGUGAUCCAUCACCUGGAGGAAAAAGUGUGUACUUUCGCCAUCAGCCCCGGAAACAACCAUGAGAUGGGCUACUGCUACCCGAUCCUCAAAUCAUUCAUGCGAAAUCUCACCAAUGAGCAGUGGCAGGCACUCUGUAAAGCACUAAAAACCCCUAUGACCUCAGAACAUUUUGUCAAGCUGUGCAAGACCAUAGUGACGUUCAUUACCCAGUCCACUCUGCACAUCCUGCUGCCUACCCUGGCCCGCAUGCUGGGAGAGACGGGCUGUAAAGGGGGCGACACUGACUUACCCAAGAGGGCCCGCAGUGCCAAACCCUUUGCUGCCUUUCAGCAGGAAAGACUGGAGCUCAUCAGGGAAGUGAAGUAUCUGGCAAAAGAGAUGCAUGAGAACGAGUUCACACUGAACAUGUGA